GCCCCCAGGAAACAAAGCCCUCUUCUCAUAUAAAGAAAGAAGUUCGCUACAGGGGAGGAAGGAGGCUUAAUUCUCUGCAAAAGUCUGGACAGAUGUUCUGCCCCUCUUUCUAGACUGUCGUCCAAGAUGCAAGCAAAGGAAAACUUCAGCUUUGAGUACUGCAGAGAGACGGCAGACUGGCUACAAGCCCGCACUAAGCAACGGCCCAGGAUUGCCAUCAUCUGUGGCUCUGGACUUGGUCUGCUCGCUGACAGCUUGAAGAACCAGGAGUCUUUCCGAUACACCGACAUCCCCAACUUUCCACACAGCACAGUGACAGGCCAUGACGGACACCUCAUCUUCGGGGAGCUGCAAGGCAAAUUGUGCGUUUGCAUGAAGGGGCGUUUUCACAUGUACGAGGGCUACCCUCUUUGGAAGGUCACCUUCCCAAUCCGUGUUUUUAAACUCCUGGGCAUAGAGAUUCUGCUGGUCACCAACGCAGCCGGGGCCUUGGCGGAGUCAUUCCACAUUGGAGACCUUAUGAUUAUUCGGGACCACAUCAACUUGCUGGGCUUGGCUGGGCAGAACCCACUGCUCGGGCCCAAUGAAGAGAGGUUUGGACCCCGUUUCCCCGCCCUUUCCGAUGCCUAUGAUGGGAAGAUUCGUGCCCUAGCAAUGGAGGUAGCCAGGGACCUGGGAUACACCUCCUUUGUCAAAGAGGGAGUCUACUGCAUGGUCGGAGGCCCCAACUUUGAAUCCAUUGCAGAGGCCCGGCUGCUGCACUUGUUGGGGGCAGAUGCUGUGGGGAUGAGCACAGCGGCCGAAGUGGUUGUGGCCAGGCACUGUGGGUUACGGGUCUUCGGAGUAUCGCUGAUUACUAACCAGGUGACCAAGGAGUAUGAUACCCAGGAGCACAUCGACCAUCACGAGGUGCUGGAGGUGAGCCAGAGGCGAGCUUCCACCCUCCGGAUGCUCCUUACAGAACUGGUGGGCAGGCUGGAAUGGAACAGCCUCAGCAACAGUGAUCCAGAGGACAACCAGACCGCAUAUCAGAAUGGAACCUGAACACACCACCUAUGGACUCACAGACCCACCCAAGAAGGGACGAGAUCCAUCUUGCAAUUCAUUCUAUUUUAUUAUUUUUAUUUACGUUAUUUAUAGUCCGCCUUUCUCACUGAGGCUCAAGGCAGAUCACACAGUGUAAGUCAAUACCCAGUAAGUCAAUGGCACCUCCAUUCAAUAAACAAUUGACCAUACAUAA